UCGUUUGGUAAUACUUACCAGUUUCGGUUUAUUUUCUUUAGGCGCACAGAAAUAAAACCCAUUGCACGUCUUUACUCACUCUAUAUGUCUGCCCAUACAUAAUCAUCUCCCCCAGCCUACCGUUCCGGAUUCCCUCACCCCGGUCACUUUCUUCCUGUAGAUUGGAUAUAAAAAUCCUUUUCUUCGCGAUUCUUCCACUCUCCAUUUCCAGCCCUUCUCUCCAUUUCUAGAUCACAGAAUAGUUUGGUAUCCAAUGGCUGCGGUUACGCUCAGCACUUCCGACACCGAGAAGUUCUCGAAGCUUAGCUCUGCUGUCGCUGGCCUUGAUCAAAUCAGUGAAAACGAGAAAUCUGGAUUCUUAAGCCUCGUGGCGCGCUACCUCAGUGGCGAAGCGCAAUACGUUGAAUGGAGUAAGAUCCAAACUCCAACCGAAGAGGUGGUGGUUCCUUAUGAUAGCUUGGAACCUACUACUGAGGAUCCUUCGAAGGUAAAGGCACUUUUGGACAAACUAGUUGUGUUGAAGCUCAAUGGAGGCCUGGGGACAACAAUGGGUUGCACUGGACCCAAGUCUGUCAUUGAAGUUCGAAAUGGGUUGACGUUUCUUGACUUAAUUGUUAUCCAGAUUGAGUCUCUUAAUUCCAAAUAUGGGAGUAACGUUCCUCUGCUUCUUAUGAAUUCAUUCAACACUCAUGAUGAUACAUUGAAGAUUGUAGAAAAGUACUCCAAUUCAAAUAUUAAUAUUCAUACUUUUAAUCAGAGUCAAUAUCCUCGUUUGGUUAUUGAUGACUUUUUGCCACUGGCAUGCAAAGGACAGUUUGGCAAGGAUGCAUGGAAUCCACCUGGUCAUGGUGAUGUGUUCCCAUCUUUGAUGAACAGUGGCAAGCUUGAUUUAUUUUUGUCUCAGGGCAAGGAGUAUGUCUUUGUUGCCAACUCUGAUAACUUGGGUGCUGUUGUGGACUUAAAAAUCUUAAAUCACCUGAUCCAAAACAAGAAUGAAUACUGUAUGGAGGUUACCCCCAAAACCUUGGCUGAUGUGAAAGGUGGUACUCUCAUAUCUUAUGAAGGAAAAGUUCAGCUUCUGGAAAUUGCACAAGUCCCUGAUGAACAUGUCAAUGAAUUCAAAUCAAUUGAGAAGUUCAAAAUUUUCAACACAAACAAUCUCUGGGUGAACUUGAAGGCAAUUAAAAGGCUUGUGGAAGCUGAUGCACUUAAAAUGGAGAUUAUACCCAACCCCAAGGAAGUGAAUGGGAUCAAAGUUCUUCAGCUGGAAACAGCAGCUGGUGCAGCAAUAAAGUUUUUUGAUCAUGCUAUUGGUAUCAAUGUUCCCCGAUCUCGGUUCCUUCCAGUGAAGGCUACUUCUGAUUUGCUUCUUGUACAGGCUGACCUUUACACAUUAGAGGAUGGCCUUGUUAUCCGAAAUAAAGCUCGAUCAAAUCCUGUAAAUCCUUCCAUUGAACUGGGUCCUGAAUUCAAGAAGGUCAGCAACUUUUUCAGCCGCCUCAAGUCGAUCCCUAGCAUUAUUUAUCUUGAUAGCCUUAAAGUGUCUGGUGAUGUAUGGUUUGGUGCUGGCAUCACUCUCAAGGGCAAGGUGAGCAUUACGGCAAAAUCUGGAGUGAAGUUGGAAAUUCCUGACGGAGCUGUACUUGAGAACAAGGAAAUCAAUGGCCCUGAUGACAUUUGAGGUGUAGUAGUCGCUCCUUUAAACUAUGUUUUGAAGAGUACCCUCCUCCUCGCCCCCCACCUUUUUGUUUUUUUUGUUUUUUGUUUCGACAUAUUUGUUCCUAUUCAUGGUCGGUAAUGUUUGACUUUUGAGAGUCAAGAGGUCUAUAUUUCUGUUUCGGUUAACAUGCUGCUGCUGCUGCUGUAGUAUCCGACAAUAAUAAUAAUGAAAUUAUAGAUUUUGUUUUCUUUA